AUGUGUGAUCAUUAUAAGCCGCCGGAUCGAUACAACGAAAUUGUUGAGUCACAGUUACGCGAGACUGGAUUUUAUUAUGUUUUCCAGAUUGGAGUUAUCCAAUGUCAGUCAGCAAUGGUUAAUGCUCUGAUUGAGAGAUGGCGGCCUGAGACUCACACUUUUCAUUUUCCGAUUGGUGAGUGUGCCGUGACCUUGGAGGAUGUGGCGAUAAUUCUCGAUCUGCCAACAAAUGGUCUUCCGGUUACAGGACCGACAAUGAGUAGUUUUGAGGCAUUGGAAGGCGAGUGCUUGCACCAAUUUGGAGUUGCAUCGAGGAAGACGGACUGUAGAGGGAGCUUUAUAAAAUUAACGUGGUUUAGGGGUUUGAAAGAUCGUAUAGUGUUAAAUGAUAAUGUUCACCUUCAGAUGUAUGUAAAGUGUCACAUAAUGUUGUUAUUUGGGACAAUUCUGUUUGGAGAUAAGUCAGGUGCAGCAGUGCAUUGGAAAUUUUUACCUUCGCUCCGUAAUUUUGGUGGAAUCAUACAGUUUAGUUGGGGUUCGGCAUGCCUGGCACACUUGUAUAGAUCAUUGUGUAGGGCAACUCGUGUCGACUGCAAGGAGAUUGACGGGCCACUGACAUUGUUGCUUACUUGGGCUUGGAUCCGGCUACCAUUUCUAGCGCCGAUUCCCGGCAAUCUCCGAGUGUUUCCAAUUGCAAACAGGUGGCGUGAUUGGGACCGUGAAAACUAUGGCUACCGAUACACUUUGCUUGAAAAUUACAGGAGGUUGUUAGAUGAUCUACAAGAAUGA